AUGCUUCCAAUAAACUCGGGCGGUGUCAUCGUUCGUGGUGUGGAGAGAGCCUGUAACGAUACCCCGCAGAACGCUGAUAUUCAGGGACAACUGUGGCUGAUAAUCUUGAUUAUCGCUGAGUGUGUGGAGGUCGCUUUCUCCUCCGGUGCUGAUGCUAAGCACGCAGUGCUUGGGUUCCUCGUGGGCGAUGGCGCGGGCUUCACGCGUCUCGGUCCGCGGCCCCUCGGCUGCCGCCCUGAUCACAGGAGCAUUGAUCUGAUUCUGGUUUCCGGCCCGCGCAGCCCGGCCCGGGAGGGGAGCGGGCGCUGGUCUGCGCAGCGCAGAGAGAUUGCAGCUUCGGAAAUCCGAGCCCAGCCGGGUUCCGGGGCGCCGCCCCCCGGAGCAGCCGCUCUGUAUCCCGGGCUGCGCAGCCGCGCGCUCCGGCGGCUCUGGGGCGCGGGGACCUGGAGGACGGACAGGGCCAGGACGCGUACCCCGUCCCCGCCCCUGCCCCUCGGGCCCCGCCAGCAGCGGGGACAGGACGGGGACGGGGACGGCGGAGCCGCGGCGAGCGCACUCGGGGCUCGGCUCGGGACGUGGCGGGAACCCGGCCCGCGGGGCCGCAUCGGUGCGCAGCGGGUACGCACAGGGCGCUGGGCGCUGGGCGCUGGGCGCUGGUCCCGGGUGCCGGCCGGGUCGGGUCGGGUCGGUCCGGAGCGCGCACCGCUGCCUUCCUCGCGAGGGGGCGCCGGGCUCCCGCUUCUCCGCGCCGGUUGCUGGGCUCGCCACCGGCCGCCCCUAGGGUUCCCGCGGGGCCUUCUGGGCACCACGACCUCGCCUUACGCGUCCGGGCGCAAGCCCCGUCCGAGGCCGCAGAGUCGGUGCCGUCUCCGGAGCUGCGCACACAGCGCACUGGGCCGAUCCGCCCUCCGGGACCGAGCCCUUGGCCCGGGGACCGUGCAGGCCCGGGGCCCUGGAGGCCGAGGAUCCAGGAGAGUUCACCUAGAAGGUGAAGUGCGGACCCGCCUCGGGAGCCGCGACCCGAGGGAAGGGACCCGCGGCUUCUGGCGCGCAGCAUCCGACUCGAAAUCCGCCUCCAGGGCGCCCCUGGCAGGCGCCUCGCUGUACCGGCCUAGCAGGGCCGCAGCCGGGGACGCCGCCCGGGCUGGGGUGGGGUCGGUUCCUCCGCGCUUUGGGGCUGCGCUCCGGUCCGGCCCCUGCCCAGCAUCGCCGAGUUCGUUUUCUAAAAAGGAGUUUUGGAAGCUCGGAUGGUCCCAUUUUGAAGCAAGGAAAGAGAGUCAAUCAGAGUUUCUUCGUAAGCCUGUCUUAAAUAGCAGCACGUUUCUACUGGAGACUUACCCGGCCAUGAGGACGCGCUCCCCCACCCGGCCCGACCCGGAGCCCGCGCUCUCCAGCUUCGCCGCCUCCUCGCGCAGCGGCCGGCGCAACGCCCUGCCCGACAUCCUGGGCGCGGACGCCAGCGCCUGCGAGGAGCUGCCGCCGCCGCGGAGCCUCUCGGUGAAGGAAGAUGUGCAACAGAAGAGCGAAGCAGCAGCACGAGACCGGUUGGGAAAUCCCAGAGAGGAAGAGAAAUGAAGCCGCCUCGUUUGUCAGAGGCGCACUCAGGCGCGUGGAGAGGCGGAGGGGCUGUGUUUCCCAUGAUGUGUGGCGUGGCGGUAACCAUGGAAACGUGCGUGACUCCCGUGACUCGCCGUGACUGUUCACUUGGACCGCAAGUAUGAUGUCGAAAGUAGGCCAUUAAAAGGCAAAGUACGCCCCACUGCAUCCAAGAAAAAUGUUAAGAAUGCAGGAUCACUAAUACAUAGUAUUGUCUGUAAGCCCCGCAAAAUCUGCUGUUCUCUUUUGGAUUUAUUUAGCCAGCUGUGUGUUUAAUUCCACUUUUAGGGUGAUUUUUGUGUUUCUUGUCAAGUAUACAUUCAUUUAAACUUUGUAGAAUUUGUAGGAAAUAUAUUUUUGAUGAAAAGGAGGAAUAAUAAUAGAAUAGUCAGAAUUACAUGGGUACAGUGUCUUUAUUUUUAAUCAGUAUUGCGCCAGAGUUUUUCCAAACCACAAAAAAGAUUUUAAAAUAUUGUAAAAGUUUAACAACAUAAACAUCUCUGGGAUAUUUUUGUCUGAUAUAUUUUGCUUCUAAUCUGUGUAUACUGUGAUUUUUGAUGUGGACCCUUGGAAUGUAACCUUUGUGACAAACUAUUUCUGUGGAACAUGCCUUUCAAACGGAUUUCACGACCUCCCUUCACUGUGUGUGCGCAUGUGUCUUAUUGUAAUGUGAAAUAUACAAAACAAUUUUUAAUUGCUUCACAUUGCUUUUUCUCAUGUUUUGUAUAUGUACGAGGUAUAUCUAAAGUGAUAUCCUCAGGAAUACAUACCUUAAUUUUUAUAUCUUUCCUAGAGUAGCUAACAUAGCAGUAAACACUUUAAAAUUUGGUCAAUAAUGUAGGCCCAAGGAGAAAAAUACACACUUUUAAUAUAUGUUUAAGUAUAUAUUUUGAAAGGAACAAAAAUAAACCAAGGCUUUAGAGAAUUUGGGUUUAUUAGAAAUUUUAGAAAAAUACUAGAAUUCUGAAUUUUAAAAAAUUUGAAUAAUUAAUGUAUUUUCACUUUCACACAUAUGUGCAUGUGGUUUUAAAAAAUUUGAUUGUUGGCUUAGGCCACAUCUGUAUACACUGACCAAAUAAACUCUUUCACUAGAGAAA